CUGGGGGGGCUGGUUUCCCUCCGUUACAGCCCGGCUGGGGCCAGGGAGGGCCCCGGGCAGGGUCCGGCAGGGCCGGGGCUGAGCGGGGCGGCGGGGCGGGCCGGGCCCGCUGGGGUCCCUCAGCAAGGCCGCGCCCGGAGCCUGCCCUCCCUCCCGGGAGCGGUGAGGCCUGCGGCCCGCAGUGCGCUUGGUCUCGCCAGGCGCGGGGAGGGCGGUGUGUAACGGCCGUAAGGCAAGCGGCGGCUUGUGAUCACCAUGGCUGCAGUGGAUCGUUUCUUCCUCUUGUACAGAGAGAUCAGCCGUUCCUGCAAUUUUUACAUAGAGGCCCUGGCUAUAGUUGGAGCUUGGUACACAGUGAGAAAAUGUGUCUCUCUUGCAUUUGACACUUACAGCAUGCUUAGGUUGCAUUUAAUUCCGAAGCUGGGCGGUGAGAUUGAUCUUGUCAAGCGGUACGGAAAAUGGGCCGUGGUCACUGGUAGCACAGAUGGUAUCGGGAAGGCGUAUGCUGAAGAACUGGCAAAGCGUGGUAUCAACAUCAUCUUAAUCAGCCGAAACAAAGAGAAACUGGAGGCUGUAUCUAGAAGCAUAUCUGAAACCUAUAAAGUGGAAACAGAUUUCAUAGUAGCUGACUUCAGCAAGGGGCGUGAGCCUUAUCCAGCCAUUAAGGAGGCUCUGAAAGACAGAGAAAUUGGCAUUUUGGUGAAUAAUGUAGGAUUGUUUUAUCCCUACCCGGACUAUUUUACCAACCUGUCUGAGGAUAUGCUGUGGGACAUGAUCAACAUAAAUAUUGCUUCUGCUAACAUGAUGAUGCAUAUUGUACUGCCGGGCAUGGUAGAGAGGAAGAAAGGAGCAAUUGUGAAUGUUUCUUCUGCAUCCUGUUGUCAGCCGACACCAAUGUUGACAAUCUAUGGAGCCUCUAAAACCUACUUGGACUACUUCAGCAGAGCACUACAUUAUGAGUAUGCCUCAAAAGGAAUUUUUGUUCAGAGUUUAACGCCAUUUGUAAUUGCUACAAAAAUGGUAGCGUGCAGCAGUGCUGCAUCGAAGAGAUCAUUCUUUUUUCCUUCUGCUGAAGAAUAUGCAAGUCACGCUAUUUCUACUCUUGGGUUAUCCACAAGGACUACUGGUUACUGGAAACAUGCAAUAAAGUUCACGUUGGGCGAGCGCCUACCUGAAUGGAUCUGGGCAUGGUUUGCAAUGUAUUUUUGCAGAAUUGUACGCAAGGAAGCUUUAACAUGCAAAGGGAAGUAAGAAUAUCCAGAUGUCUUGCGUAAUGACUACUAUAUCCUGAUCAGAGUGCUGCAAAACUGUUUAGUGAACCUUGGUGGACUUACUGUAACUUAUCCAUACCUCGAUAAACAAGCUACGUGUAAUCUGCACAUCACAAGUCUGGAUCCUCUCUGUAUCCUUGUAUUAAAUAGCUCCUCCAUUGCUUUCCUCCAUGACAAAGAGCCAAUCUUGUUGAGGUUAAUCUCUGUUCACUUCUUCAAGGUAAUCGGGCAGGAGCAGGUAUAGUUUUAAUUCUGACAGUAUAUGACUGUCUCUUGCAUAGUGCUACAUGAUGUCAACUUGUAAAGUUGACAGAAUUUGAGAAUUCUCCAAAUCUGUCAGAAAUGGGCCCCCUAAAAUCACGCUGUUCAAAAAGACAAUCCUAGUCAACUGUGUUUUCUUCAGUAUGUAGUUCUGUGUAACGUUCCUGUCUUCUAAGGGCAGAUGUUUGUGUGUUUUAAGUGCAAAUGUUGUUGCUUUUGAAUUACAUUAUUUAAGGAACUUCUCAAAAUUAAGAUGUAUGGCAACGUAAUAUUGACUUGGAGGUUGUCUAAGUUACUGAAAAGGUCUUACAGAGCUGUAAAGGAAUUUGGAGAUAAGCCUGUUUGCUGUCUUGUUCCAAGUGUGAAUGAUCUUGAUAAUACUUUAAAUAUUCCUUCAGCAAUCUGAAAUAGGGCUGGAGAAUUGCAUAAAGAGUGUAAAAACACAUUAGCUAAAGAAAAAUACUGAAGAAAUAAUGUUUUGAUUUAAAAAUACUACUGGGUUUCGCAAGAUAAUUUAAAAAAACCCACCUUAUUGCAGUUUUGAUGCUGUAUGAUUUUGGUGCUUUUGUUUAUAAAAAUAAAUAUGUUUAUGUACUUACUA